ACAGCACAUUCAUGUAUGGCCACAACACAUCGAGACAUGUUGUGAACACGUUCCCAAGACUCGCCAAGACGUUCUUUUCUCGCCCUUAAAAGAAGACACACAGGUUUCAUUUCUAACUAGUCACGAUGCCAGAGAGCGAUAGACCUCAACACACCUGCAUACCUCGAAUAAUAAGGUGUGUCUCUGUCAUUUUCUUCAUCAUGUUUAUUGUUCAGGCGAUAGUUGGAUGCGUGUACAUUUAUGACUGUCCAAGGGCGCCCUCCAUUCCCCUCUUUAUGGCUAUUUGUGGAUUCAUACCUGUCUUCUGGGGACUGAGCCAUUGCAAGAGCAGGUGCAGUAUUCUCUGCAACUGUCUGUUCCUCAUCUUCUGUUUUGCCUGGUUUAUCUUCGGUAGUUUUCUCAUCUACUCCAAUUAUGAACUCGACUACGGCAUGAACACUACAGACACCAAUCGUUACUGCAACAAGACGCUCUACCUGUUUGGAUUUUGUUGCAUCACCCUGACCUACAUCCUCAUAGGUGUUCUUGUUUUCACAUUUUUUUUUGCUCGCUGCACCAACCAGAUGGAGGUUUACGAUGAUGAGGCUCGGCCACUGCUGUGGCGCUAAUCAUAUGAAUGUAUAUAUGUUUGUGUGUUCCCCACCUCCUCUGAGACAAGUGGACCAAUACUGAUGAAACAGAUUACAAUGGUGUCACAAUAAAAUAUAUCAUAUAAAAUAUAUCACACUGUAAUGAACAUAUUCUACUACUACUAAUAAUGAUAAUGACGCUGACUGAAAUACAAUCAUAAGCAAACAACAGACUGAAUAUUAUACUAAUAUUUUAAUGUGUGCUUUAUGUAUAUUCAGAACUUCAUACAUUUAAUGUUGGUUAAUACAGCAACAUGUAGUUUUAGAUCUUUUCUUAGAGAAAUCUUACAAUUAACAAUUCAUGUUUAAUCUUUUAUUAUCAUUUAUUAAACUCCAUGUACUUUGAAACUUUAUGAAUACAAACAAAGAUGUUUAUAAUGUAAAUCAUAUGUAGUUCAAUAAGGAGAGAUCAUUAUUACAUUCAUCUGGAAGAAGUGAACAUGAUUUAUUGAGACACAGAAUUCAGUUAAGACUCUGAUGACCCAUCAUAGCAGAAUAAAUGAUCAUGAUCUUUCCUGUUUAACAAACGUAUAUGAAAUGUGUGAUUUUGUUUAUUUGCCAAUAUCCAUGCUGUUUCUUUUUUGUUUAAUUGUAAACAAACUAAAUAAAUAAAUCAAAAGCUGCCUUUUUUAUUACCCUG